CGUGCCCGCCCUCCUGGUGCCGCCGCUCCUCUCACGCCGCCCGGCCAAGUUUAAACACCCCCUACUCCCCUACCGCCGAUCUGAGCCUGAGUUCGUGGGAGUUGUGAGGGGCUGCGGUCUGGGUGAGGGUCUGCCCGGUGAGGGGACGCCUUUGGGUGAGGGGGGGGACCGGCUGCCGGAGGGGGACCCGGCGGGAACGCGCCCCGCCGCCGCCUAUGAGGGCGCCGCGGGGCCGGGCGAGCCAUGGACGGCGGCGGCGGGGCACCGCCCGCCUUGGAGAAGAACGCGGCGGAACUGACGGUCAUGGACGUCUACGACAUCGCCUCGGCCGUGGGGCAGGAGUUUGAGCGGGUGAUCGACCAGCAUGGCUGCGAGGCCAUCGCUCGCCUCAUGCCCAAGGUGGUGCGAGUGCUGGAGAUCCUGGAGGUGCUGGUCAGCCGCAACCACAUCAACCCCGAGAUGGAGGAGCUGCGGCUGGAGCUAGACCGCUUGCGCCUGGAGAGGAUGGACCGCAUCGAGAAGGAGCGGAAGCAUCAGAAGGAAUUAGAACUGGUGGAGGAUGUCUGGAGAGGGGAAGCACAGGACCUUCUUACCCAAAUUGCACAGCUGCAGGAGGAGAAUAAACAACUGAUGACAAACUUGUCUCACAAAGACAUUAAUUUCACAGAAGAGGAAUUUCAGAAGCAUGAAGGAAUGUCAGAGAGAGAGCGGCAAGUCAUGAAGAAGCUGAAGGAAGUGGUAGAUAAACAGAGGGAUGAAAUCAGAGCAAAGGACCGGGAACUCGGACUUAAAAAUGAGGACGUAGAGGCUCUUCAGCAGCAGCAGAACAGGUUAAUGAAAAUCAACCACGACCUGCGGCACCGGAUCACUGUUGUUGAAGCUCAGGGGAAGGCACUGAUUGAGCAGAAAGUGGAGCUGGAAGCAUAUCUGCAAACCAAGGAGCAGGAGAUGGGCAACCUGCGAGCAGAGCUGGGGAAACUGAGAGAAAAGCUGCAGGGUGAAGACAGCCAAAAUGGGGAGGAAGUAAAGGCAGAACCAAACAAGGAUGACUGCCUCUCAGAGUCAGAGAAGAUGGCAAUGGACUUGAAAGAUCCAAAUCGCCCAAGAUUCACCCUGCAGGAGCUCCGGGAUGUCCUUCACGAGAGGAAUGAAUUGAAAUCUAAAGUGUUUUUACUUCAAGAGGAGCUUUUAUAUUACAAAAGUGAGGACACAGAAGAAGAAACUAGGCCCCCUCAACCUACACCCAUAAUUCAGUCCAAACCCUCAACCCAGCCCGAAUCUGGAAUCAAACGACUGUUUAGUUUCUUCUCUCGUGAUAAGAAACGUUUGCAGGCAUCACAGAAAAAUGUCCACUUCCAGGACACUUUUGGAGAAUGGUCAAAUUCAAAUAAAGGUGACUCCUACACUGAACAAGGACAAGAAGCCCUGCAGCACCUGUGACUAAAAGCUUGAGGUGUUCAGUUUACUGCAGUAGAUCUCGACACUCUAGUAACAAGAAGCUCUAUAAACAAAUCUGGCAGCUCAUCACUUCUUUUUGCCUUGCACACCUUGGUGGUUGUGUUCCAGAUGCACUCUUCAAAAGGGAUCUCUCACUGUUUACUUGGGGACUGUUUGCUGAAAACAGAAUCCAAGCUUUGUAGGAACAGUCACCGAUACCCUGGGACAUCAAAGCUUCUAGAUGACUUGUUUUGUGCUGAAUAACGAGUCCAUGGUCUUGUUCAUGCAUUAACUACAGUAACACAAGCUUCUUUAAACCAAAAAAGGACCUGUGCCAUUAUUAGAAGUUUGUUUGCAGUGUACAAUAUCUAGUGGCAAAGACUCUUUUACCCUGUUUGUUAACACUAUUGGUUGUUUGCUUUUUAUUUCCCUAAGAAUUCUUUCAAGAGGGAUACAACAGCUGGUCAUGCUCCAUGGCAGGUCUCAACACUGCUGUGUCCUGUCAAGUUCUGCUGGCAUCUGUGUUUUGCAGAGUAGCCCCUUGGAAAUCCACCUGAUACAAAUUGACAAACUGGAGUAGCCUUGAGAGGGAUAGCAAGAAUAUAUUUGCCUUGCUGCUGAUAGUGCCUAAAGCAUGAUGAAACUGAUGGGUGAGGUGAGCAUGCCUUGCACUUUACUAUGAGUUCUGCAGUAUUAAUGGAAGAGAAACUGGUUACAAGGAGGAAUUCUAAUACUUCAUUUUUUCCUUCUUGCCAGCAGCAGACAGCUGCUGUAAAGGAAUUGGCUCAAGCAGCCACAUUCCUGCAGACACAUUUUUAAGUCAUUCUCCACUUUUCUGUCCAGAUGAGACUGCCUAACUUCAGAGUGAAAGACACCCUCAGCUAGCUGACAGGAACUAUUUUAACUGAAUUAGAGAUGACCCCAGCUCAGGACUUUCUCUCUGACUAGUCUAAAUACUAGGUGGCCAGAGUGAAUGAAUGCCAUGUGUGCAGGCUGCUCCACUGGUGUUGGCUGAUGUUUUGGAUAGCCUGCAGUUAGAGGGGCUUAACCUGCCAGUGAAAGCCCCUUGCAGCUGAACUGCCAGGAGGUAGGAUUUGCAGUUCAGCUUGUGAGACCCCAGGAUGUGACUGAGCUUGUACUUACAAAACCCAUGACACUAAAGCCCUGUACAGUGUAACUUUGCAUAGUGUGGUGUCAGCACAUGCCUCUGCACCAUGCACCCCAUGUGAGCCAGGCAGGAGAGGGUGAGCACAUCCAUGUCUGCUUGUGAGGGAAAGCACACAUGCUGGGAGAAGCCCUGCUGGAGUACCAUGCUGCUGGUGAGGAUUAUCUCUUUAUGGUGAGGCCAUAGGCAACUUAGUGCAGGAGGCUGUGAGCUGCUGUUGGCACCUUACCCCCAGCAACUACACUGCUUGGUAUAAAGUCUCUUCUGAGGAGUGGCACUAAGCAGAAAAAAAAUACAGGCUGGAGUAAAGCUCCAACUACUCCAGGUACUGAAAGUAGGAAGAAGUCUUGAAGAACUCCUGCAUGACAGCAAGUAAAGCAUUUAGUGCAGGCCAGUUUUUAAUGCAGGGUAAUCCAAGACUCUGGCUUCGUUAAAGUGUAUGGGCAGUGGUUCUUGGCCCAUCUACAAUGACACUGCCAGGGAACCAUUCUUGCAGUGAUGGGCUGAACACUGCCCUGCUCCUGACUGCAGCUGUGCUGUGUGUUGAACAGGGACGUUCCAUGUGCUCUAGGAAAGUGUUUACUGUGCCUCCCUUGUGUCACUGCAGCUCAGGGCAGGGAGGAAAUGUGGCCUUAUAUGAAAGACAUCUGCAUCUGAAAUAGUGAUGGGAUGCUGGUAUUGGUCAGAUUUUUUUGCCUGGUUACGUUUUGGUAACAUAUCCUAAGUUUUAUGCUUACAGAAUGUUGUAUCCAUAAAACAGCAGCACGUUCCCCCCUUGUGUGAAAAACUAUUCUUAAAUGGGGAGAGUGUCUUCAUUUAAUGAUAUGUAAGUGGCUAAGACCUUGGUUUCACUUCAAUUAGGGGGGAAAAAAAACCCACCCAUGGUACAGUUGUGUCAGGCAGUUAAAUUGUGGCCAACACCCAUUGUAUGGUUUGCAGGGGUUGGACACAUUU